UUUCCGUGUUCUGGGUCCCAGGGACUUAAUCUGGCCUUUUCUCUGCCUGUGCCAGUCCCAGGCAGGAAUGGGGCCCCAAGACUUUGUGGGAACUGAAGAGCUUCUGUUGUUGUUGGCAUCCCAUCUGUGCCUGAGGAGGAUUCUUGGAACGUGAGGCUGUGAGAAGAGCCGCGGCCUGACAUCAGUGCCGAGGGGACUUUGGAGCUGGGGUUCUUAGGGACAUGUUUGCCAGGCUCAGGCAGAUCAGGAUUCGGUUGCUUUUCCUGAUUCCUGCUUUUCCUAUCAGUGCUACAAGCCGUCAUCCUCUUGGAGGCAAGUGAAUUAUUAUGCCACCUACAGCACUGUGCCCUGUCAGCACUCAGCCCCCAGCUCCCAUUGCAGGGACCUAUUGCUACUGUGUCUGCAUGAAGCAUCUUCCUUGUUUCUUUUGGACAAGUGUCAUCCAGAGUGGUGGUGCUCAGUGGAAGGAUCAGGCUGUGGCACAGCCAGGUGCUGUGACUUCACUGGGUUGAUUCCUUUAUUGCAGGUGGUAUGGCAGAUGGAGUAGAGGGAUUGGUGAUUUCCCUGCUUGGAAAAUGCUCUUGCUCUGCUCUGCUUUGCUUGGUGGGACAAUGGCAGGCAUGGCCCCAGCUAGAGGGGGAAUGCCCACAGUGUUUUGGGGCGCUCUUCUCACUGGCAUCCCACUGAUGCGCACAAGCAGGCCUGCUGCCUUCCUUCUGCCUUUGGCUUGGCUUUCAGGGUAGACACCUGACUUGGGUGGAGGCACAGGGAGGCUGCACACAGUGCUGAGUCUUGUCACAGCUUCCUGUCUCCAUCACUGCCAGCACAGCUGUGGAAGCAAGAAGUUUGGGAAGAUGCCUUGAGCUCCGUGGGACAAGGUUGUCUCAUGACCACUUUGAUCUGGAUGAAGAACAGGCUGAGAUAGGAAGACAGGUGCUGGCUACAACUUCCCAGCAUCUGUUUAGGUUACCUGUGCUCACAGACAUGCCACAGACACAGCUGACCUAUGAACAUAUCCAGAUGCAAUUUCCCAUUCCCCUUGCCCCCCUUCUGUGUCAGGUUUUUCAGAAUACUGGGCAAUAGAGCUUUGGACUCAUGCCACAAAAUUCCACAGCUGGAAUUGGGUUCAUGUCUCUUCUUCCUCCUGUCACUUCUUAGUAUGGGAGAAGGAUCUGAGGAGUUUUAUUCCAGUCUUCUCAGCGCUUCUGGGUGCUAGAGCUCUUCUGCCAGAUUUUCCCUUCUACUGGGUAGGGAUGUUUCUGUUAUUCUCUGUGCAUGCAGUGUUCCAGGGAAAAGGCAUUGCACCUGAGAACACCAUCAGCCUUACUGGAGGCCUUUGGGUGCCUGGAAUCAGGAACAUCCUUUGCGAAGAUGCGGCCUACGAGGAGCGGCGGUACCCGGCGGGGAAGUGGGCCUGUGUCACCAUGGGGGAGCCCAUGUAUGAGCAGAGCAUCUCCCUGAGCUUCAUGAAGCUCAUGCGCUACAUCUGCAAGGAGAACUCUGUAGGUUGCCAUCUGGGCAUGACAGUCCCAGUGCUCAACGAAAUCCACCUGACCAAGGAGGAGACCGAGCUGGAGCGUGAGGUGCUAACUGCCUAUUAUCUCCCAGGAGCGUUCCAGCAAAACCCCCCCGUUCCCAUGGACCCCGAAAUCCACAUCACCGAGAGGGCACCGCUCCGGGUUAUAACCAGGGUUUUCUAUGGGAUGACCACUGAGGAGACGAUUCUGAGGGAGAUCAGUGUUUUCUGGGAGCUCCUGGGCCCCAGGGAGACGGUGCUGAGGGGAACCUACAUCGUGGCUUCCUACGAGAACCCCAGCGUCCCCCAGCGCCGCAACGAGAUCUGGUUCAUCUGCCAGCCCGAGUGAGGCCCCUGUGCCACUGCACCCGCUGCAGGUGGCACUUGUGACCCAAAGGAGACAGAGCACAUCCCACUAUUCACCCACACCAUGAGAGACUGAGAGACUGUGGGGUGGCUUUCCAGCCUGCCCUGCAAGGGUCCUGCCAGGGGAAAUCCUGCCUGGCCUGCGCUUCGCCUGCCCCCAGAGCUGAGGCUGGAGCUGGCACCAAAGGCGACCUCUAGAGCAAGCUCUGGAUGGGAAGCACAUGGUGGGGGCUCAUUAAGGCAGUGACCUGUGGGCCUGUGUGAUGUGCUGGCCUGACCUGCACUGGGCUUUGCAGAGCUGGGCCAGAGUGGGUCCAGUGGUGGGCAGCAUCACAAGGUGGUGGUGUCGAGAAGGUGAAUGACUGUGUGCAAUAUGUGGGGCUCAGUGUGGCCUCUGGCCUGCUUCCUGUGAGAAUGGCUGCCUGUCCUGAACAGAGCCACUGAAGUGCUGCUACAGAGACAGUUGCAUUCAGAGGGAAAAAGGGCUUGAAUUCAGGUGUGAAUCCUGAAUGUUUCCUGCUGGGGUGGUUCUCUUUGGACUGCUGGGUGCCUCCCUGGCUGUCACUCACCAUUCCUCAGCCAGGACUAGGGCGCUGGCAGCCUUUGUCCAUCUCUUGUGGGUGCUGUUUGCAGGCCUGCUGUGAGCUGAGAGGGGUGGGUCCAGAGAGAGCAGGAGUGGCACCACCGUGUGUUGGAUUGUGCAUUGGUUAGUGAGUUUCACAUCCAUGAAUGCCAUCAUGCUUUCCUGCGGGAAGCUGGCAGUGCCAACAGUCAAUAAACCCAGUUCAAACCA